CCGAGGCGUCGCUGGCUGCCCCCAAUUGUGCUCACCGCCUGCUUCACGCGAGCGGCAAUGGCGAGCAGCAGCGGCAGCAGCAGCACCGCUACCACCACCUCUGACAUUGAGCACCACACGAUCCGCUUCUUCCAAGGCGCACGGCCUGACGCAGCCGCAAACUACGAGUUGCUCUCGCACCUUGGCCGCGGCGCCUACGGCGAGGUCUGGGCUGCGAAGGACCCCGACGACCACUCGGCCGCCGGCGGUGGCAAGGUGGCAAUCAAGAAGAUCAACAACGCGUUCUGCCAGGCGACGGAGGCGAAGCGGAUCCUGCGCGAGCUGCGGAUCCUCCGCCACCUCGACCACCCCAACAUCAUCAAGAUCCGCGAGGUGCUGCGACCGCAGUCCGAGUCCGCCUUCUCCGACCUGUGGGUCGUCUUUGACUUCGUCGACCUCGACUUGCGCAAGCUGAUCGCCUCCCCGCAGACAAUCACAGUGCCGCACGUGCAGUGGAUCUGCCACCAGAUGCUGGUCGGGCUGCAGUACCUCCACUCUGCACAUGUGCUGCACCGAGACCUCAAGCCUGCAAACGUGCUCCUCUCCGAGCGGUGCGAGGUCAAGUUGUGUGACUUUGGGCUGGCGCGUGCUGCGCGUGUUGUCGACGAGAGCGACUGGGCUCUCAACGAGCAGCGCGAGAGGGCGGCGCCCGCGCUCGCUCGCCGCGAGAACCCGCUCGAGCGCAAGCCGCCGCCGCAGAUCUCGCGCCAGAUGACGUCGCACGUGCUGAUUCUGCUGCAGCGGUACACGGCAGCGAUCGACGCGAGGGUGGACCGCCGCGACCGGGGCGCCCUCUUCCCCGGCCGCUCCUGCCUGCCUCUCUCCCCCGUGGAGGACGACGCCAACCCCGAGCCGAACCUCGACCAGCUCAACGUCAUCUUUUCGGCGAUGCUGCGAUUUGAGCCCUUCAAGCGGCUGACCGCGCUCGAGCACCGCUUCUUCGAGUCGAUGACAUACAGGAUCGACACGGAGGUCCCCGUGCGGCCCUGCCGAGUGCCGAGGAGUGACGACUCUUUCAUCGUCGGCAGGCUCGACACGAAGAUCGCCGUGCGGCCAGUCGACGCGGCGACCAUCGACUUCGAGCACGCCGAGCUUGUCCUCGCCGAGAUCGCGCACUACACGGCGGUCAACGCGGCGGCGCGCGGAGGGGCGGAGGCUGCGCGCGCGGAGCCGCGGUGGGCAGGCAGCGAUCUGGAGGGCGGCGACGCGGGCGGAAGCGAGGCUGCGGCCGAGGAGGCGGUCAUCUGGCUACCGCGAGAGCGACCCAACUCGUCGACAUCGUCCGAUGAUGGUGCCGCAAAGUCAGCCUUCGGAGGCUAUCGUGGGGCUGCCUAA